AUGGGUCAAAUCCUCCGCGCUUGGUUUCAGUGCGCCGUCAGCGCGAGAGGAAGAGCGCGAGUCGGCGGCGGAGAGGAGCGGUCAGAGCGGACUCUGAUGAAAACCAAACAGCAGUCCUCCAGACUCCGAGGGUUCCGGCGCGUGGCGGAGAAGAAUGUGCUCGGGGGCUGCGGGGAGGUGAACGGUCGGAGAAAGCUGUUCGCGAGGCGGGAAGACACGGACGGUGUGCGCGGUGGCGCCGCCGAGGACGGCCGGGGCUCCGUGGAGGAGCUGCAGAGAGUGGGGAGAGCUCUGAGGCAGGAGGAGCUGGAGCUGCAGAGGGACCAUGAGUGGGGCACCUGGGCCAUGGAGGGACGUAACGUUAACGGCGCGAGGACGGUGGGCAGGAGCAGCGGCGAGCCGGGCUGCCUUUCAGAGGGAGGUGCGCGGCUGAAGAGCUCCUGGCUGGGGAACAGCCUGAGAGUCCCCGCCGCAGACAUGACCAGAAACUCUUCAGAACGCAGACAGGGGAGCCAGGACAGCUGUCCUGAAGAGGAAUACAGUUUGGUGGAUUAUCACAGUUUUCCAGGCACCAUUCCUCAGCUCAUCGUCACCCGGGACUCGAGCCCCAGCCCCAGCCCCACCCAGGCGCUGCAGGAGCCGCGGCCGGGGGACGAGUCGCCGUGCUCGGACAGCGGCUGCGGAGGCUCCCCGGUGCCUUACUUUUCCCUCCGCAAGCUGUCCAGCUCCUCGUCGGCUGGACUUUCGUCCGCCUCAUCGUUCGAAGAGUCCGAAGACGACGUGACCGGAAGUGACGCGGAGUCCGCCGGCCUGUCCCCCUGGAGAAGCGGCCCGUUUGGGAGUCCAGAUGAGUUGGCAGGGGUGAGAUCGUGGAGGAAGUUGAAAAGCAUGGUUCAUUUCUCUCCCUUCGUCGUGUCCUUCAAGAAGCGCUACCCCUGGGUGCAGCUCGCCGGCCACGCAGGUAGUUUCCAGGCAGGGGAGGACGGUAAGCUGUUGAAGCGCUUCUGCGAGUGUGAGCAGCAGUGUCUGCUAAAGCUGAUGGGCGACUCGCUGAAGCCGUUCGUCCCAGGUUACUAUGGCGUUGUGCAGCGAGAUGAACAGGAUUACAACCUGAUGGAUGACCUGCUGGCAGACUUUGACUCUCCAUCCAUCAUGGACUGCAAGAUGGGCAGCAGAACGUAUUUAGAAGAGGAGCUGGUGAAGGCUCGAGAGCGGCCCAAGCUGAGGAAGGAUAUGUAUGAGAAGAUGGUGGCAGUGGACCCUGAUGCUCCGAGUCCAGAGGAACGAGCCCAGCAGGCCGUGCUGAAGCCACGCUACAUGCAGUGGAGAGAGACGCUCAGCUCCACAGCCACGCUGGGCUUCCGCAUUGAGGGCAUCAAGAAAGCAGACGGCACUUGCAACACCAACUUUAAAAAGACGAAGCACAGAGAACAGGUUAUGAAGGCCUUGGAGGACUUUGUGGACGGGAACACACACAUACUGAGGAGCUAUUUACAGAGGCUGGAGGAGCUGCGCAGUGCGCUGGAGACCUCAGAGUUCUUCCGGACACAUGAGGUGGUGGGCAGUUCGCUGCUCUUCGUGCAUGAUUCAUCAGGACAAGCCCGGGUGUGGAUGAUUGACUUCGGGAAGACUGUUCCACUGCCUCUGCACCAAACCCUGGACCACCGCACCCCCUGGAAAGAGGGCAACCGCGAGGAUGGCUACCUGUGGGGCCUGGAUAACCUGAUUGACAUCCUGGCUGCCAUGCUGCCCAACGCUGCCUCGCAGCAAUUCUAGGGGCCCAAGCGCUGCUCCUGCUGUUCUGAAGCCUGGGGUUAAGGAAGGAAUGAGUGAAAUGAGAGAGGGAAGGAGUGAUCAGACUCUCAACGGAGCAAGGAAAUAAAACGGUGAGGGCAGGCUAAGCCAUGCUCAUGGCUCAGAGCUGUGGAGCGACAGAGAGAACCUAAAUAAAACAGAGGCGAGGACAUGCUAGUCGUCACAAAUCGCCGGCCUUGGCAGACGGGUGGUUAGUCAUUCGACUAGAGACCUGCCUCUCUUUCUGACCUGCCUGCAGUCUGAGACACAUAAAGAUACUGAGCAGUAAUGCAGGAUGCAUAUGCAAACAACUAAACACUGCUUUUGGACCAAAACAAAGACAGGAGUUCUUAAGUUGUCCCUCUGAAAGUGACCUUAGCAGACAAAUGGGGGAAAGAAUUUUGAAGCUUUUUAUAUGUAUUCCUUUUUUUUUAACUUAAGAAAUAUAAUAACACUAGAACACUGGAAAGCUUUUUGCAUUUGUGAAUCAUCUAUUGAUAUUUUUAUAGUAAUGUAAAUAGACUAAUUUAAUUUUAUCCCUAAGGGCCCUCUACUUUUCUUUUCUAUAUUUCAUAUCAUUUUUACACUUUUCCUUUACAAGAGUUUGGAUACAUUAUUUUUACCCCUAAAUUAGUUCCAUUAUUAUACUGUUGAAUACUGAAUACCAUGAAGGGAAAUUCCACUGGUUUUUCAAAAUUUCAGUGAGGUGCUUUUACAUGCACCCAAUAAUCCGAUCAUAAUCGGAUUUCUGCAGUUAUCAGAUUAUUCCAAAGGUUAUGUAACCAACAUGCUUCGAUCUAGAAAUUCGAUUAAGAAAUCUGAUAGAGGCUGGAUUUUAGCUCAGUAAUCAGAUUUCUCAGUGCAUGUGAACUCUUACUCUAAUUUCUUUCAGAAUUCUUAGUCUGUGCAUUUGCAGAACAGACUCCUGUACUGAAAAUUAGAAAGCAGCGUUUUGACGAGAUGCAACAAAACACUUUUGGAGUGACGCUGAAACCAAGUACUUGAAUAUUUAAAUCAAACAUAUUUUCAGGUAAAGUGUCGUUUUU